UGGCCCCAGUUCCCGGCAGGCGUUCAAUCUUCAAGGAAUGCUAAGAAUCCCCACGAGGAAACUUUAAAGUGCUACGUGGAGCGUUAAAACUUUAAAUAGAGCAGCCAAACUAGCAAAUUCUGAAAACGAGAUGAGACGAAUAAAGUGGAACAUACUUGGUAUGUGCGAGGUGAGAUGGAAAGGAGAAGGAUAUGUGAAUACAGUAAAUGGCAACCGUUUCUAUUAUGCAGGCAAAGAUGAUGUUGCUCAGUCAGGUAUAGGAGUGUUGGUAACAGCAUCCAUGAAACAACACACGAAAAGUUUUCUACCAGUCAGCGCGCGACAGAUUAAUAAUUAUCAAAUUAAAUGGAAAAUCAUUAAACAUCAAUAUAAUACAAAUAUACGCACCGAGAGCAGACAACCCAGACAAAGAUCUUGAAAUUUUCUAUUCCGAUAAUAAAAAGAUCAAAACACAUAUAA